AUGCUUCUUGAUCACGAACUUAUCUAUGAUGCUGCAGUCGUAGCAAUCCUCAACACUUACUCGACCUUUUCGUACAAACCUCAACAUUCCCAAUGGACUAUAUUAGCUUCUUUCUUUCUCACUCGACGCCAUUCAACAUUUACUGAAGCAGACGAUUUAAAAAUCAUCAGCCUCGCAACUGGCACCAAAUGUCUACCUACGGCUCGAUUUUCUCCCAGAGGAGAAACCAUACAUGAUUGCCACGCUGAAGUUUUGGCACGGCGUUCUGCAUUACGGUGGUUCCUGGAAGAGAUCGCGCGCAUACAUUCCUCAUCGGACGAUACCAACCCUUUCAAAUCCACUUGGAUAGAGCUCGGAGCGAAUGGCAAGUAUACCCUGCAAGAGGGCGUUCACCUCAAUCUCUACGUGUCCACUCUCCCUUGUGGAGACGCGUCGAUGGGUUAUUUGGCCGCUACACAAGACGAAGUUAUGGCCGCGAUGAAAAACGCGUCUGUGUUCCCUGAACUGGAUCCCACAGCCGCCUCUCGGGGGAGGGACGACUACGCGCGCCUCGGUGUCCUGCGCACCAAACCCGGGCGCGCAGAUUCGCCCCCGACAGCCUGCAUGUCGUGCAGCGAUAAGAUUGCCCGAUGGAACGUUCUCGGUAUCCAAGGCGCACUGGGCUCUGCGUUGCUAUCGCCGCUGUAUAUCGAAGCUGUAGUGGUUGGAGAGGUUCCGCUCGAGUUGAGAGAGGUGUCUAGGGAAGAUUGCGAGCGUGCGUUUUGGAAGAGGUUGGGUGUGAUUCAAGAUCUGCCUGUGGGUUUCUCUGUGCGCCAUCCAAACGUUUAUUUUACGGACCAUCCGUUUCCACAUUCGCGCGCAGUCCUUGGAUCGGCAUCGUCUUGCAAUGGGUCAAUAUGCUGGUCCAGCGACUCUAAACAUUUGGAGAUUUUGAUCAACGGCCUCAAACGUGGUGUUUCUCCAAAACAUCGGUAUAGGGAGAAGUCGAGGCCAUGCUUAUCCAGAAUAUCUUUUUUCAACCUCUACAAAGAUGUUCUUGCACUUGUGAACCCUGAUACAACCAAACGUAUAGAUAUAUACCUCCGGGAAAAAGAAGCAUCCACUGAGUAUCAAAGCGCUAAGCAGCAGCUACUGAGUGAACAUGGACCUUUCAGAGGAUGGAUCUUCAGUGGCAAUCAAUGGCAACAAUUCGAUAUCAACGGGGAAGCUACACUGUAA